AACAAACAAACAGAAACACCGUGAGCAGAGAAGCGCUUGGCUCCUCGAACCCAACUCCGCCGCCGCCAUGAGCGCCAUGAAGUUCUGCACGCACGCCCCUCCCUCCCUCCAUUCCCGCCUUCCUUCAUUCGAGUUGAUCGACCGAUUCUAGACCCUGCAGGACGUGGCUUCCGACCCCAACCUUCCCCGCACCAAGGCCGUCCGCUGCCCCGCCUGCGGCCGUCUUCUUCCAGCUCCAUGCCGCCAACCUGUUUGUUCAUUUGCUUCUAUCUAUGUAUCUAUCUAUCUAUCUACAUAUGGCUUCAAAUAUCUUUAUGAUAAUGUGCGGGCUACAGCAAGAGGGGAGGAGUAGGGGAUGACUCUGUUCUUCGUGUGCCGCAACCCCUCCUGCGGCAACCGGUGGAGGGUGUGAACGAUUCCGAUUCGCAUCUCCUGCCUGCCGAGGCUACCGUCGACCCGUGCCCUUUAGGCCUUCUUAACCCACGAUCGUGCUCUGGAAUUUAGUUUCCGAUAGCUAGCCGUCUUGUCAGAGCACAAGAGAGCUGAACUUGUGGAAACAUAUAACUAUGGUUUCAGUACUUGCUCGUGACCAUGCACUUGAUUUACAAACCCCCUGCCUAUGUCUCUCAUCACAUUUGAAUUUGAUAGACUGGUUCUUGCCUAUGCACUGUUUGUUAAUUCCUCUGUUUUUUUAUAUCCAGUACAAAGUGGGUUAUGAGCAUCAUCGUACUAUUGAUUCAGUUUUGUAUCCAGUCAGUGUGAUGUUACUUCCCAGGAAAGAAAAGAUAAACCGAAUCAAUUUUCCGUUGGGUACCUGCUGUCCCUGCUCACAGCUGCCUUUGCUACAUACAGUACCUCUGUUGCCAUGCCUGUGUUUGCAGCUGAUUAACCACGGUGUCCUGGACGAUGUGUUGGAGGGAAUGAAGGCCAGCAUCCAAGAAUUCUUUGGGUUACCCGCGGAGACGAAGAAACGAUUGGCGCAGCAGCGAGGGCAGCUGGAACGCUCUAAGAUCUGCUGUUUAUCGUCUCGGAGGAUCAGAAGCUCGACUGGGCUGACAUGCUUUUCCUCUACACUCUGCCACCUGAGAGCAGGAACACCAAGUUCUGGCCUGACCAGCCGGCUAACUUCAGAUCGACGCUGGAUAGAUAGUCUGGCGCUGUGAAGGAUGUAGCAGAUUCCUUUUUAGCCACGAUGGCGGAGAACUUGGGACUGAAGCAAGAAGUGAUUGCAGACAUGUGCAUCGGUGGAGUGAAGUCUGUCAGGAUGAACUACUACCCGCGAUGCGCCUAGGCAGACAAAGCCGUUGGCUUCUCCCCGAACUCUGACGCCGAUCUCCUGACCCUUGUCCUCCAGGUGAACCAUGUCCAAGGCCUGGCAGUCUGCAGAUCAAGAGGAACAGCAGCUGGUUCCCUGUCAGGCCUGUCGAGGGCGCUCCCAUCGUCAACAUUAGGGAUAUCUUUGAGAUAUGAGGUAGCCAGAACAGAAGACUCCAGUAUUUGGGGAACCAGUAGCAUCUCAAUUAUCAAGAGCGGCAAGAGAUGGGAUCUCUCCCCGUCCCGAGUGUGCAGGCCUUGGUGGCUGCCACCGGCGGAGACGAUGUGCCGCUGAGGUAUCUCCGGCCAGAGGCGGCAGCAGAAGCGGUCACCAGCGACGGCGACGGCGACGGCGAGGCACAGAUCCCCAUCAUCGACCACCAAAGGCUGCUGCUGGAGCUGGACCAUGGUGGCGAGGAGUCUGCACGCCUCCACAGAGCCUGCCAAGACUGGGGCUUCUUCCAGUUAGUUAACCACAGUGUCCCAGACGAUGUGGUGGAGAGCAUGAAGGCCAACAUCCAGCAAUUCUUCCAGCUACCCGCAGAGACGAAGAAGCGAUUCGCUCAGGAGCAAGGGCAGCUAGAAGGCUACGGUCAACUGUUCGUCGUCUCUGAGGAUCAGAAGCUCGACUGGGCUGACAUGCUCUUCCUCUACACGCAGCCACCUGAGAUGAGGAACACCAAGUUCUGGCCUGACCAGCCUGCUACCUUCAGAUCGGCGCUGGAUAGAUAUUCUGGUGCGGUGAAGGAUGUAUCAGACUCCCUUUUAGCUACGAUGGCCAAGAACUUGGGACUGAAACGAGAGGCGAUCGCUGACAAAUGCAUCCGUGGAAUGCAGAAAGUCAGAAUAAACUACUACCCACCAUGCGCCCAAGCAGAGAAAGUCGUUGGCUUGUCCCCGCACUCCGAUGCUAACCUCCUAACACUUGUCCUCCAAGUGAAUCAUGUCCAGGGCCUGCAGAUCAAGAGGAACGGCAGCUGGCUUCCUGUCAAGCCCGUCUCGGGCGCUUUCGUCGUCAACAUCGGAGAUAUGUUUGAGGUCUUGACGAACGGGAGGUACAGGAGCAUCGAGCACCGGGCUGUUGUCCACCCGAAGGAAGAACGGCUGUCGAUUGCAGCGUUCCAAUUCCCAAACAUCGACACCAUGAUAGGUCCUCUGAAGGAGAUGACCGGACAUGAAGACGAUGCCUACAAGACGUUGGACCUCGAGAGCUUCAUGAAGAUCUUCUUCGCGACCAAGCUCGAAGGGAAGAACUUCUUGGAGCAGAUGAAGCUAAACUAGCUAGCUAGCGGCUAAAGUUGGGCUUGGGCGUAUCAUCAUUGAAACGGACUCGACAGUGCUCGCUUUGGCUCUUCUUUCCAAUGAACUGGACACUGCUUGCACCGGAGUUCUCUUUGGGGAGGCAAAAUUUCAUCUUUUUACUAGCUUUGUUGAUUUUAAAGUGCUAUUGUGCAUGUGUGCCCAUAACUCGGUGGCGCAUGCCCUGGCUACCCAUGGUGCCCAUAUGGCCCUGGGAGCGAGGUACCUUGUAUUGGCGUGACGUUGUUCCUGACAUUGUAUCUUCUCUGGUGGCUAGUGAUCCAGCUGCAUCCGUAUGUUAAUAAAGCUAGGUUUCUGUUUAAAAAAAGCAGCUGAAUACUACCAGAGCAGGUAAUGAACCAUGCUGUUGCAGGCAUCA